UAAAUAUGGAGAUGAAGUAAUUAUUAGCACUUUUGCUUGGUCAUUUCAAUUAAUGGGCACUGAAAGCAUGUUUCAUGCAUUAGAAAACCCAAGAGAUGAUUUUGCUUCACUAUAAAUACAUGGUCUAAUUGAUAAGAACAUACCAAAGAAAAAACAAAGAGAUAAAGAGAGCAAAAAGGCAUAAAAGAAAAGAAUGGCUAACAUGGCUGAGAAAUGGGAGGAACUUAGUGGGAAAAACAAUUGGGAUGGGCUAUUAGACGAUCCAUUGGAUGUUGAUCUCCGUAGAUACAUCAUCCAAUAUGGAGAAUUGGCUCAUGUAACUUAUGACACCUUCAUUUCGGAUCCAAAAUCUAAGAAUGCAGGAGCUAGCAGAUACUCGAUGGAAAAUCUUCUUUCUAGAGCUGGACUUGACCCGCUCAAGUAUAAAGUAACCAAAUACUUCUAUGCUACCUCAUCCAUUCCACUUCCUAGUGCUUUUCUUGUGAAAUCAUUGUCAAGGGAAGCAUGGAGUAAGGAAUCGAAUUUUAUGGGGUACAUUGCUGUUGCUACUGAUGAGGGCAAAGUUUCACUAGGAAGGAGGGAUAUUGUAAUUGCUUGGAGAGGAACAAUUCAGACACUGGAGUGGGUGGAUGAUCUUGAAUUUGCACUUGUCAAAGGAACAAAAAUAUUUGGUUCAUCAUGGCUUCAUUUCACACCUUUGCUGCAUCAUGGCUUCUACAACAUUUAUACAUCAGAAGAUCCAAAAUCAAGGUUUAAUCAAACUAGUGCCAGAGACCAGGUCCUUGAAGAAGUGAAAAGAUUGGUUGAGGAAUAUAAGCAUGAAGAGGUCAGCAUAACUGUGACUGGGCAUAGCCUAGGUGCAUCACUUGCAACACUAAAUGCAGUUGACAUAGCUUACAAUGGUAUAAACAAGUCAAGCAGUGGCAAAGAGUUCCCAGUGACAGCUUUUGUAUUCGCAAGUCCUAAAGUUGGGGAACUUCUUUUUCAGAAUGCAGUUUCCAAACUGGAACACCUUCACAUCUUGAGAAUUCAUAACGUAUUCGAUAUUGUUCCGGCAUAUCCGGCCAUUGGCUAUUUCGACGUUGGGAAGGUAAUAAUGAUUGACACCACAAAAUCCACCUAUUUGAAGCAUCAUCCUUUGGACCCCCACACACAGCAUAAUUUGGAGGGUUACUUGCACGGAAUUGAUGGUACCCAAGGAUCAGGAGAUUUUAAACUAGAGGUGCAUCGCGAUCUCGCACUUGUCAACAGGGUAUGGGACAUUCUAAAAGAUGAAUAUCUUGUCCCUGGGGCUUGGUGGAUCGAGAAGAACAAAGCAAUGGUUCAGCAAAAAGAUGGAACUUGGCUUCUUAUGGAUGGCGAGGAUUAUGACUUAUGAGAACUAUGAUUUUAUUUAUUUUAUUUCAUGUAAUGUGUGAAUAAAGGGCUCUUUCGCCAGCUUGAAAAAGAGCACCAUACGUAUAAUAUGGUUCCCUUAAUAAUACAGGAUAAGGAAUAGCUGUACGCCUAAAGCUGGAAAUAAGGUUGUCCUUUCUGGUCCCUAAGGCGAUGAAGCUGAAACAGAUGUUAUAUUUUAAUUUAUGUGUCAAUUUCUGUGAUGCUUUUUUUUUUUUUUUAAUUAUUGUGAGAGAGAUAUAAUGGAUCUUACGGCU